CAUUCAUCCAUCCUUCCAUCCAUCCAUCCAUCCAUCCAUCCAUCCAUCCAUCCAUCCAUCCAUCCAUCCAUCCAUCCAUUUUCCAAACCUGCUCAAUCAGCCUCAGCUACUGUAAAGCAAAAGUGGGGCACUCUCUGCUUGGCAGUUCUUUAAAGGGGGUCACUUAAAAAACAAUUUCUUUGUUCUAAACAAUUAAUUAUUAAUUAAAAAAUGUAAUGAAAACUUGUUGUUUUGAAUGCCCAAAAAGAUUUUUUUAAAAAGUGAGAUCAGCUAAAAUAGAAACAAAUGGCCUUAAACUGUUGGACAUUGUUUUUUUUAGUAGGUCCUUAAUACAGUUACAUAUUACACAUUGCUUAUUUGGUUGGAUUUUUUAAAUUACUUGCAGACAUUAAAGGUAAAACAUUUUGGUUAAAGGUUGUUUAAAAAGUUUUCCCAACUGUCAAAAGUGUCUGUUUGUUCUCCAUUAAUAAUUCACUUUGUUAGGUCAAUACUGUGGAGUCCAGCCACAAUAACUGUGGUUGCGGUAGUGUGACGUCUGCUUUUUUCAGACUAUCUUUCAAACUGCUAGGAUGCAUUUUUGUUUACUGCUAAGUUUAUGGACAAUACAUUUGUUUGCUGGUUUCAGCAUGACUGUGAAUGCCUCUUGGAGGCCUUCGACAUCGACUAGUAACAGUUGGAAGUGGAACUCACUGAGAGGAACCAGAUCUGUGAGUAAGCCAGCACCUAUCAACUGUCAACUGGGUUCCUGGUCAAUGUGGACAUCAUGCAACCAGUGUACCGACAAAAAGUUCCGUUUCAGACACUUGGAGAGGCCAUCUCAGUUCGGUGGUGAUGAAUGUGUGGGCAUGUUGUGGGAGAGGCUCGUAUGUCCGCAGGCAACAAGCCAGUGUCUUGUAAAUGACUACUGCGAAGAAAGUUUCACCUGCAAAGAAACAGGACGCUGCAUCAGCCAGUCCCUUCGCUGUAACGGAGAAUCAGACUGCUAUGAUUUUUCAGAUGAAGACGAAUGUCAGGAUGUAAAUCUAAGAAGAGACAAAUGUGCCACCAUCAUGCCGAUUCCAGGGGCUGAACGUGGCACACAGGGUUACAACAUUCUUACUGGAGACUUUGUGGAUCAAGUCUUUGAUCCGGCGUACUUUGGAGGACAGUGUGAAUACGUCUACAACGGCGAAUGGAGAAAAUUUACUUACGAUGCGUUCUGCGAGAGCCUGCACUACAAAGAGGAUGAGAAGAAUUACAGGAAACCUUACAACUACCACGCCUACAGAUUUGUGGCUGAAGCUACAUCAGAAGGCUCCCACGAGUAUUAUGAGGACAUGCAAAGCCUCCUAAAAGCGAGGAAGACUUUAUCAUCCUUUAAUGCUGGUGUCACGGUUGGGGUCUACUAUGUGGAAGCCGGACUGAAAGGCAGCCAAGAGUCAGAGUUUCUCACCAACAUCACAAAGUAUAACAGCAUGGAGUUUGGAUUCAUCAGGGUGUGGGCCAAAGUGCAAACAGCCCUUUUCAAGAUGCGGUCAAAUCAGCUGAUGCUUCACGAGGACCUGUAUGUUUCGCUCAUGGAGCUUCCUGAGAGUUAUGAAUUUGGGAUGUACGCCAAAUUUCUUAACACAUUCGGGACCCACUACGUUACUGAAGGAACCAUGGGAGGCUCCCUGGAAUAUAUUUUUAUUGUCAAUAAAACAGCAAUGGCUCAGUCGAAUGUCGAAUCUCACCGAUUUGAACAAUGCAUUGGCGCAUCUCUUGGAUUCAGUUAUCCUGUAACCGACUCUGUCAAAUUUGGGGGUAAGAUCUCUGGACAAGGUUGUGGAGACACAACUAACCUUUCAAAAAAGGAUGGUGCCAGUUCAUCUGUGAUUGAGGAUGUUGUCACUUUUGUAAAGGGGGGAAUCACACAGACUAGUGCUGGAGUGCUCGUCAUCAGAGAUGCUGACACGUACAGAAAAUGGGGAGCUUCUCUGAAGUACAACCCGGCGCUUAUUGAAUAUGAGACCAUGCCAAUCUAUGAGGCUGUGCGCCUCAGCACAGCUGCUGACCACGUAGGACCAAGAGUGGCCAACUUGCAGAAGGCUUUUGAUGAGUAUUUGCAGCAGUUUGACGCAUGUCGCUGUGCGCCCUGUAAACACAAUGGAGUUCCUGUGCUGUCAGGCACCUCCUGCAGCUGCCUCUGCAAGUCGGGCUACCGGGGACUAUCAUGCGAGGAGACACUCAGAGGAGACACCAGGACAGAUGGCUCGUGGUCCUGCUGGGGGUCAUGGUCUUCCUGUUCAUCAAGGAGGAAAUCAAGGACAAGAACCUGCAAUAAUCCUGCACCUGAAAGGGGUGGAGCAACCUGCCUGGGCUCAUCCAGCCAGACUCAGAACUGCUGAAAGAUAUUUGCUCAAAACGAGCAAAAGUGAUCAAAAUUAAAACUGAAAAUCAUGUUUUUUUUCCUAUGAAAGGUGGGAAUAAAAAUGUGCUAAUA